AUGUCGAACGGCGACAAGUUUGGCAACGAUAUCGAGUCCGAGUCGGACUCGGGCCCCGAGUCUCCCGGAUUGGACCCCCAAGACCACUCCGAUGGAGAGAUUGAUGAGAAGCCGCUCAAGUCGGCCCUGAAGAAGACCGCAGUGGCUCCGCCUCCGAUCCAGCGACCUGAGCUGCCACCGCAAACAGAUCCGAAGGAUCUCGACGUCAGCAAACUUAACCCUCUGACGCCAGAGAUCAUCGCCAGGCAAGCCACCAUCAAUAUUGGAACGAUCGGUCAUGUCGCCCACGGCAAAUCGACCGUCGUCAAAGCCAUCUCUGGCGUCCAGACCGUUCGUUUCAAGAACGAGUUGAUUCGCAACAUUACCAUCAAGCUUGGUUACGCCAACGCCAAAAUCUACAGGUGCAACAACCCCAAGUGCCCUCGCCCUACCGCAUUCCGCAGCUACAAGAGUGACAAGGAGGUCGACCCGCCUUGUGAGAGGGAAGGAUGCGAGGGUAAAUAUGAGCUUCUCCGACAUGUCUCCUUCGUUGAUUGCCCUGGCCACGACAUUCUGAUGAGCACUAUGUUGUCGGGAGCUGCGGUCAUGGACGCCGCGCUUUUGCUCAUCGCCGGAAACGAGUCCUGCCCUCAGCCGCAAACUUCCGAGCAUCUUGCUGCUAUUGAAAUCAUGAAGCUCGAGAAUAUCAUCAUUCUGCAGAACAAGGUCGACUUGAUGAGGGAGGAAGCUGCUCAACAGCACUACCAGUCCAUCUUGAAGUUCAUCAGGGGAACUGUGGCUGGAAAGAGCCCCAUCAUCCCCAUCUCUGCACAGCUCAAGUUCAACGUGGACGCUGUGGUUGAGGCCAUCGUCAACACCGUCCCCGUGCCUCCUAGGGACUUUUCUGUGGACCCCCAGAUGAUUGUUAUCCGGUCUUUCGAUGUCAACAAGCCCGGUGCUGAGAUUGACGACCUGAAGGGUGGAGUUGCUGGAGGCAGUAUUUUACACGGUAUCUUGAAGCUUGGAGACGAGAUUGAGAUCAGGCCAGGCAUUGUCACUCGAGACGAUAAGGGAGAUCUCCAGUGCACGCCAAUUUUCAGCAGAAUAGUGUCCUUGAACUCGGAAGCUAACGAGCUCAAGUACGCCGUGCCUGGUGGUCUGAUCGGUGUCGGUACACGCAUCGACCCUACACUAUGCAGAGCUGAUCGUCUUGUUGGUCACGUUCUUGGUCUAAAGGGUCGCCUGCCAGACAUCUACAGCGAGAUCGAAGUCAACUUCUACUUGCUCCGCCGUUUGUUGGGUGUGAGGACUGCCGAUGGCAAGCAGGCGAAGGUUGAGAAGCUCCAGAAGAACGAGGUUAUUAUGGUCAACAUUGGCUCAACAUCAACUGGUGCCAAGGUGUCGGCUAUCAAGAAGGAUGCCGCAAAGCUCAUUCUUACCAGCCCAGCGUGCACGAAUAUCGGAGAGAAGGUUGCACUGAGUCGUCGUAUCGAGAAACAUUGGCGUCUUAUCGGCUGGGCAACUAUAGCUGCAGGAAAAACCCUUGAGCCUACCACUUCAUAA